ACUUCUUAAAUAAAUAAAGUAAAAUAAAAUAAAGCGUGGUACACGUGAGAAAUAGCGGUAUGAAAUAAGAAGAUAAUAGUCCAUGAUGAGAAGCACAACCAAGAAGAUGAGUUUCUCCACGUUGUUACUGAAAACUCUGUUUCUGCUGCUUCCUCUGUUCGCAUCAUAUCAUCCGGUAGCUCUCUCAAAUGAUCUCAAUCUCUCUCUAUUCCCUACUAACUUUCUCUUCGGCACUGCUUCUUCGUCUUACCAGUAUGAAGGGGCUUAUAACGUUGAUGGCAAGGGGCAAAGUAACUGGGAUAACUUCACUCACGGAGGUAGAAGUAGAACAGUCGAUGGAAGUAACGGGGAUAUCGCUGUUGAUCAUUAUCAUCGAUACCAGGAGGAUAUAGAUCUAUUGGAAGCUUUGAAAAUAAAUAGCCACCGGCUCUCCAUAUCAUGGGCAAGAAUUCUACCAAAGGGUAUAUUUGGAGAGGUCAAUUUGGCUGGCAUAGACUUCUAUAACAAACUACUUGAUGCCCUGCUGCUCAAAGGGAUCCAGCCUUUUGUGACUCUAAGUCACUAUGACAGCCCACAGGAACUAGAGGAGAGAUAUGGGGGAUGGCUAAGUCCCCAAUCACAGGAUGAUUUUUCUUUUUAUGCGGACCUAUGUUUUAAAACAUUUGGUGAUAGAGUAAAGUACUGGGUGACAUUCAACGAGCCAAAUUAUCUAGUACCACUUGGUUAUCGAUCGGGUAUAUAUCCCCCAAUCCGUUGCUCUGGCUCAUUGGCAAUGUCAAAUUGCAAUGAAGGAGAUUCAGAAAAAGAACCAUUUCUAGCAGCCCAUAACAUUAUCCUAUCACAUGCAGCUGCAGUUCAUAUAUAUAGAACAAAAUAUCAAGCUGAGCAAGGAGGAAGAAUUGGUAUAGUGCUUCAACAUGAAUGGUAUGAACCAAUCAGCAAUUCUACAGCUGACAAAUUGGCUACUGAAAGAGCAAGAUCAUUCACUUUCAAUUGGUUCUUGGACCCAAUCAUAUUUGGAAAAUACCCCAAAGAGAUGGAGAACAUUCUUGGAUGCCUCUUACCAAAAUUUUCUACUAACGAGAAAAAGAAACUCAACAAAGGAUUGGAUUUUAUUGGCAUCAACUACUACACAGCUUCCUAUGUCCAAGACUGCAUAUAUACCACAUGUGAUUCAAGAUUUGGAAUCUCAAGAACAGAGGGUUCAUACAUGAAAAGUGGAGGAAAAAAUGGUGUCUCAAUUGGAGAACAAACUGCAUUUAGUUGGUUUAAUAUUUAUCCACAAGGCAUGGAGAAAACUGUAACAUAUGUGAAAGAUAGAUACAACAAUACUCCAAUGUUCAUUACUGAAAAUGGGUAUGCCCAACAAGAUGAUCCUAAUUUCACUUUGGAAGAUCAACUUCAUGAUUUUACUAGAAUAAAGUAUAUGUCAAAUCAUCUGGAGGCCUUGUCAACAGCAAUAAGGAAAGGAGCAGAUGUGAGGGGAUACUUUGCAUGGUCCUUGCUUGACAACUUUGAGUGGAUAUAUGGAUACACAGUAAGAUAUGGAUUCCACUAUGUGGAUUUCGCUACACUGAAGAGAACUCCAAGGUUAUCAGCAAGCUGGUACAAGCAAUUCAUUGCAAAUUAUUAUAAAGAAACCUCUUUACCAGGAUUAACCGGGGUAGAAAAAAUGUAACAAAUGACUCAUUUAAGACCUUAAUGUGAAAAUUAGUGAAAAUUUUGUUGCUAUUUAUUUCUGUUUAAAAAUAUCACUGAAGGAUUGAAGGUUAAUUGAUCAUUAUAUGCUACUACAUCUUGACCCCC